AGGCUCGAGGGGGGGAUGGCUCAGGGGGGACGAGCCGAGCGCACCGUCGUCACGUGAGAAGCGGCCUAGACAUCCGUGUAAGCAAAAGGGACGCUGGUGAUGUGUGUGUGUGUGACAUCGGCCAGGCUCUCCCGGAGGCAGGAGGACUCCUCUCCACAGAACAGACGUUGCCACUGCCGUCAUGAGUGGGAAGUCGCUGCUGCUGAAGGUCAUCCUCCUGGGUGACGGGGGCGUUGGGAAGAGCUCUCUCAUGAACCGCUACGUCACCAACAAGUUUGACUCGCAGGCUUUCCACACCAUCGGAGUGGAGUUCCUCAACCGGGACCUGGAGGUGGACGGGCGCUUGGUGACCCUCCAGAUUUGGGACACGGCCGGGCAGGAGCGCUUCAAGAGCCUGCGGACCCCCUUCUACCGGGGGGCCGACUGCUGCCUGCUGACCUUCAGCGUGGACGACCAGCGGAGCUUCAACAACCUGGGCCACUGGCAGAAGGAGUUCCUCUGCUACGCCAACGUGAAGGACCCCGAGCACUUCCCCUUUGUGGUGCUGGGCAACAAGGUGGACAAGCUGGAGAGGCAGGUGAUGCCCGAAGAGGCCCGGGCCUGGUGCAUGGAGCACGGCAACUACCCCUACCUGGAGACAAGCGCCAAAGACGACACCAAUGUGGCUGUGGCCUUUGAGGAAGGUGUGCGGCAGGUGCUGGCCGUGGAGGAACAGCUGGAGCGCUGUGUGCUGGGCAGUUCCAUCAACUUGCAUGCCAGCAGCAAGGCAGGCUCUUCCUGUUGCUGAACAGCCAAGGGGGUGGGGUGGGAAGGGCACGUCCUGGAAUGGU